CGUGUUGAUCGCAGCUUGUUCAACCCCUUCCUCUCCUCGGCUAAAACUUCCACAGAGACUUGUGACCAUCACAGAGGGCUGUGACUGAACCGCGCUAGUGACUCGAGAGGCUGCACGGUUCUCCGCUGGUCUGGACGCCAAACGCGGAAGAAGCACCGGGGAGAGACAGUGAAUGUGAAUGUGAAUGAUACUCUGGAUGUGAGCAGUUGUGGAGAAGCGAGCAAGGUGCCCCUAACUCUGCAGUAACUUGCUCAACCAACCCACUCUUCGUGGAGAGGCUCUGUUCCGGGAAGUCCACCUUGUUUUCUCGCCUCAACGAGCGCUUCUCGCUUAUCUCGAAACAAUGAAGGACAGGCUUGAAGAAUUGAUCGGACUUUCAAAACUGUAUCAGCUGUCGACAGAGGCUGAAGAUAAGCCCGAUUCCCAUCAAGAGAGCUUUGUGUUUGAAUGCGACUUCAUUUUACAGGUUCUUUAUAAGACGGUGCACCAGAUUUGGGAGGAAAAUGGACGUCUGAAGGUGGACAUCAGGCGCCUGGGCAAACAGAACAAUCGCUUUCUGACCUCAAUGCGACGUUUCAGCAGCAUCAAGCGGGAUUCAAGUUCUAUCGCUAAAGCCAUAAAGGGGCAAGGUGAGAAGAUUCAACAGAGGCUGCAGAACCUGAGCAACUACACAGAAGAGAUCACGGGCACACACGGGCCCAAUGCUGCCAUUGUCCGCAUUGCCAAGGCACAGCAUUACACUCUUCUCCAUGCCUUCCACGACGCCAUGGUGGACUAUAACAUGGAGGAGAUGAGGCAGCGGGAAAACUGCAAGAGCCGGAUCCAGCGGCAACUGGAGAUCAUGGGGAAGGAUGUGUCGGGCAACGAAAUGGAGGAGAUAAUAGAACUGGGGAAAUGGGAUGUGUUUUCAGAGAACCUGCUGAGCGAGGUGCGGGGAGCGCGAUCGGCUCUGUCGGAGAUUGAACUGCGGCACCAGGAGCUGUUGAAGCUGGAGUCCAGAGUACGAGAGAUCCAUGACCUGUUCUUGCAAAUGGCCUUGCUGGUGGAGCAACAGUCUGACACUCUCAACAACGUCGAGGUGAAUGUGCAGAAGGUUCAAGAUUACGUUGGUGUUGCCAGGACUCAGCUGGCAAAGGCCGUGGAGCUGAAAAGGAAAAACAUCUGUCGACAGAUCUUCUGCUGUUGCAGUUGCUGCCCUUGACAUCCUCGUCCGCACGUUGUCGCUCUCUGUGCCUUAAUACAACUUCAUAAUCUCACAGCAAAAGUAACAACACCCUCUCUGAGCAAAUGGAUGGGACAGCAAUGAUAUUCUCCUUUUGAAGAUGAUAUUCUAUAUGCCUGCAGCAUCUCCAGGUUACAACAAAGGAUUUUAAUUGUGUAGGAAGAAAUUGUAAAUGCUGGUUUAAACCGUAGACACGAAAAGCUCGAGUAACUUAGCAAGUCACACAAUAUCUCCAGAGAAAAGGAAUUGGUGACAUUUCGAGU